AUCCCUAAACUACCAUAUAGUAGCUACGGAAAACCGGCAACUCUAGUUAGUGUGCAGGUUGGCUUCAAUGGCGGAAGAGCAGCCGCAGCAUGAACAAGAAGAGCAACCGCAGCAUGAACAAGAAGAAAAGCAACAAGCUUUCGAAGAAAACGAUGAAGCCAUUGUUGAUGAAGGUCAAGUAUACACAUGGCCGACAAUAAGCUUCGAUGUUCAACCUUACAGAAGCUACCAUUUUCACCGCCAAUUUCGCUCCUCUUCUAACCCUAACAACUUCUUCAAAUCCGUCAAAUGGUCACCUGAUGGUUCAUGCUUUCUUACCAGUUCUGAUGAUAAUACUCUUCGUCUCUUUUCAUUGCCCGAUAAUGAAAGCAACUACCCAGCUGGGUCUUUUUCCUCAGAUCCUGAUGAAGAUUCGUAUUCUGCCAACCUUGUCAUAAGUGAGGGAGAGUCUGUGUAUGACUACUGCUGGUACCCUUACAUGUCUGCUUCAGAUAUGAUUAGCUGUGUAUUUGCAACUACUACUCGUGAUCAUCCAGUUCAUCUUUGGGAUUCAACUACUGGUGAGUUACGUUGUACAUAUCGAGCUUACGAUGCUAUGGAUGAGAUUACUGCUGCUUUUUCAAUUGCUUUCAACCCUACUGGAACCAAGAUAUUUGCUGGAUACAACAAAACACUGAGGAUGUUUGAUGUACAUCGCCCUGGUAGAGAAUUUGCACAGCAUUCAACCCUUCAACGAUCCAAAGAAGGGCAGUCUGGUAUUAUAUCUGCAAUUGCAUUUUCUCCAGCAAAUUCUGGGAUGCUUGCCACUGGUUCAUAUGACCAGACUACUGCUAUAUACAGGGAAGACAAUAUGGAGCUUCUGUAUGUCUUGCAUGGCCAAGAAGGUGGGGUUACACAUGUACAGUUCUCAAAGGAUGGCAAUUAUUUGUAUACAGGUGCCCGAAAGGAUCCUUAUAUAAUGUGCUGGGAUGUGCGCAAUACCGUAGAAGUUGUGUACAAGUUAUAUAGAUCAACAGAAAAUACAAAUCAGCGAAUAUCAUUCGACAUUGAGCCCAGUGGUCGACAUCUCGGAACAGGUGGACAGGACGGUCUGGUGCACAUUUAUGAUCUGCAGACUGGGCAGUGGACCUCCAGUAUUACAGCUGCAUCAGAUACAGUGAAUGGUUUUUCCUUCCAUCCAUACCUUCCAAUGGCUGUCUCUACAUCAGGGCAUCGAAGGUUUGGGAAUCUUGAUGACGCAGAAGAAGAUUGCACCCUAAGCAGUAAUGAGAAUUGUGCCUCUGUGUGGGGCUUUUCAUACACUUCAGCUGUAGAGAACAUGUCGAGCAUCAACGGAGAAGAUUCAAUUGCAGAGUUAGAAGAUGAGAAGCCGUAGUGGAGACCGGAGAGAACAUCACUCUACACUGCCAUUCUCUCAGACAUUAAGACCAUUCUGGCUGCACAUUUUUCAGAACAUUAGUAGACUUCUGUUCACUGUAAGAUUAACACUAUCAUUAGCCUGUUAUGCCCUGUGAAUAUGUAGCAUUCAAGUAGAGACUUCACAAGUUGGUGGCUUGGUGCGAUGGCUAUUUAAAUCUAGAAUAGGAUGUAUUUGCUUCUGUACUUUUGUGUUGGCGCCGAGGAAUUUAUAUUCUCACAUAUAGUAUUUAAUAGGUAAACCCGGCCUAUAUUUGCCUAUA